AACUGUUCAAAUGCCCAUUUGUUUUUAGGCCGAUCAUACGCACAGAACAGAGGUAUCAUAAUGGAGACCAGUAGAUGAUCAAAUGAGGAAGUAAUCUAAGUUGUGGUUGGUUCCUGUCCGAUUAAAUAGAUCAGUGACUUUUUCAGUGGGCAUUUGCUGGUUUCUGAGUGAACCCAAAAUAAAUCCCGUUGCGCUAUGCCUUCAUAAAGUUAGACAAGACUAAUGAAUCUCAUUGUAUUAUAGGCAGCUUAUCGCUUCGUUAAUCGCAACCAGCUUUGCUAUUCUUUUUUCUACCGGUCCAAUCGGAUUUACAUUUCACAAGAUGUCCAGCUCAUCGCCGAGCUCAUCGACCACGGGGUAUGUCUUCGCCGUUGCAUCGUUAUGCGUGGCAGUCUGUUCGAGAUUGGCCGUGGUCGUUGAGGCCUUCAACGUCGAUACAUCGAAUCCUUUGACUUUUCACCACAGCGAUACAGAAAGUCAAUUUGGCCUCGCGCUAACGCUUCACCGGGAAGGUGGCCAGAAUAUGCUGUUGGUGGGGGCUCCUCGGGCCGUCUCAUCGGGGUAUUCUCAGAGCAUGGGCAUAGGACGGAGUGGCGCCCUCUUCAAGUGCCCGAUUGAUACAUCUACCGGAGUUACCAACGCUGAAUCCGAAUGCCAAGAGAUUGUAGUCGAUACUACCGGAAAUGAAUAUCUUUCUGAGGAUUCCACCUUCCAGUCAACGAAUGCUACUGGUCAGUGGUUAGGGAGUAUUGUACAAAGUGGAGGCUCGGACGGGUCAGUUGUGGUUUGCAGACCGCUGUAUCAGUUUCAAGAGUACCAAAACGAAAAGAUUGACCGAUACUUAGAAGGUGGUUGUUUCGUCAUCAAUGGGGGUCUGACGUCACUGAAUUCAGGGCUGCUGGACACAGCCGUGAAAUACAAUCCAUGCGCAGGAAAAGAUGACGGAGUUGGAUAUCGGAAAAGAUACCGAUGUGAGUUUGGUGGUAGCGCCGCAGCAAGAGAUGCUCGUAUUGUUUAUGGUGCUCCGGGAUCAUGUUUAUGGAAUGGUCGAUUUUGGUACACAGCGGGAACAAUAAAUGCUGAUUCUGCCUUGUUAUCCUUUCCGCAGGAAGCAUGUGCCUUUAAGCUUGAUUUUGAAUAUUACUUUGGUCAUGCUCUUGCGUUUGGAAAUUUCCGAGACGGUCCCUCCUCUGCUUUCGAGGUUGCAGUUGGCGCACCGCGAUGGAAGCACGGAUUCGCGCGGGUAUUCUUGUAUGACGAUUCUCUGAUGGAGUAUGAUCAACUUUAUGCCAGUGAUUUAGCCACGUAUUUUGGUCAUGCCUUGGCCGCUUCGGAUCUCAAUAAUGAUGGAUAUGAUGAUCUCGUUGUCAGCGCACCAAUGUUUACAGAUGAGGAGAGGUCAAUAGACGCUGGGUGGGAGGUUGGCAAAAUCUUCAUUUACUAUAAUGAUCAACAGGGAAGUUUUUCUGUCGAUAAUGUUGACACCAUCAUUGGGACCGGUGCAGGAUGUCGUUUUGGCUAUUCCUUAGCAGCCUUGGGUGAUAUCAAUGGAGACGGUUUUAAUGAUUUGGCGGUGGGGGCGCCCUUCUGUGAAGGUGGUGAUGUUGGCAAAGUGUUCAUUUACCAUGGUACUGGGAUAAACUUGCCCCUCAAUCUCUCACCACAACAGAUCUUGAAUCCUUCAGAACAAGGAACGGAUCUGAAGUACUUUGGAUUUGUGAUAUCGGCCGGAUAUGACAUCGAUCAGAACGAUUACCCAGAUUUUGCCGUUGGCGCUCACGAGUCUCAAACUGCUUUGAUAUAUCGGUCGAGAGCCGUGGUGUCGACAAGCGCAGAAAUAUAUGUUGAGGAAAACCCGAUAAAUCUGGACUUCAAGAACAUGACAACUUCAAAUGGCAUCUCCGUAGCAGGGUUCCAUGUCGUUAUCUGCAUUCAGUAUAGUGGACAAGGGUUACCUGAUAACUUGAAUUUCAUAUACGAUAUCCUCUUGGACUCGUCAAAGCAACUGAUCAACCGUCGAACCGCCUUCAUCAGUAACAACGUGGCGAGUCUUGAUGGCCAGACUUUAAGUGCGUCACUGGGAGGUCGGACAUGUGCGACGCACGAUGCAUAUAUCCGGCCUGCAAUUGGGGACAAACAGACCCCAAUAACUCUUCAGCUUACGCAUGGUCUAGGUGAGGCAACUCAAUCAAGCUUUGCUGUGCAACCCAUUUUGUCCAACCGGGUCACCACAGUCUCUAUUAACUCGCUUGUCUUUGCCAGGGAUUGUGAGGGCGAAACGUGUUAUCCAGAUCUCGGUCUUUACACCAAUGUUUCGACCACGCAGCUGAUGAUUGGGAAGGCUGAAACUUUCUUGGUUACGGUCGACGUCAUGAAUAGUGGGGAAGACGCUUUUCUAUCCGUACUCGAGAUCAUCGAACCUCCGGGUCUAUUUUUCGUCAGUGUCCAACGAUCGAAUACAGGUACCAUUGUGUCAUGCUCAAGUUCGUCAACUACAAACAAAAGAACGUGCAAUAUUGGCAAUCCUUUAGGAGCCGGAGACGAGAUAACUGUAAAACUACAGUAUCAGACGGCUACCUAUAGUUCUUUCUCUGGUCCUGCUGUCUUGAAUUUGACGGCUCGCAGUACUGAUGCUGAAAAGGCAGGAAGAGAUGAAGAUAACUUCGCAAGUGUUUCAAUCCCAGUCUUUGCAUCAUCCUCUCUGGUGCUCAGUGGCAAUUCAAUUCCAGACACCCUAGUCAUUAUCGAGGAUAGCAAUGAAACAGACAGUAUUGGGCCACCCAUGAGUCACGUGAUUCGAUUGCAAAACAACGGCCCCAGUUUCAUCGGCCCCUCCACCAUCGAGAUUCUAUGGCCGAUCAGACUCCAGGACGGCACGGUCAUAAUGAGUGUGGCCGACGUCUCCACCGAAACAGACAUGCCAUGUACUUCUACUCCAAGAAUAAACAGCGGCGUUUCAACGGAGAACAACAUCACCGAAUUUGAAGACGACGUUAGCAAUACUACCAUCUACACGUUAUGGGCCGAGUGCGAUUCCCUUCCCGAAUGCUUAGUGAUCCAGUGCCCUCUGUCUUCCCUUGGCGUCGGGACGGACGCCGCCAUCAUUAUCAGCGUAGAGUCGAUGCUGCUGCGUGAUACAGUGUUCGCAAAAUAUUUUCUGCAUUACAUAGAGGUUGUUUCUACAGCGUCCGUCACGGUCAAUGGUACGGUGUAUUCUGGUAUACCUUAUUCCCCACACCCCACUGUUUCACCGCUCGAGAUCCGGACAGAGAUUAGGGUACAGUAUGAGAAGCAAAGGGUUAUCAUCCAGACCACACCUAUAUGGAUCUACAUCGUCGCCUCUAUAUGUGGUCUUCUCCUCCUCAUCAUUGUCAUCGCAAUUCUAUAUAAGGUGAAGUUCUUCAAGCGCAAGCAGAUAACUGAGGAACAGCGAGAUAUUCUACAAGAACAUCGGAAGAGUGUCCGAAGGUCCAGGAUGUCCGCGCUCGAUCCCGAUUCCCCACCUCCUGACGACGCCUUGGGUAUGGAAAAAUCGCCCUUACAACGAGAAGGUUCUGAUGCUGGUCUUAUUCAAGAAUAAUAAAAUGUUUAUUUGUAAUUGUUUUGUGAAUAACAGACAUUACCAAACAGCGCUGGAACCUUCCUAACAGCAGUCCAGAUUGGACCUUGGUGUUUGGAAGUUAUCUUUCCCAAAGCUAACAUUGAGGGCACAUGACUCCCACUCUCUACAGUGCGUUUCAGAAAAAAGGUAAUCCAAAUCUAAAGGGCUGAUAUUCGGAGCAUAUUUAAUUUUGUGACAUUAUUGUGCAUGAAUAUAAAAGAGAAACUCAUCAGCUUUUCAUUGAUACCCUAUUUGUGCCAUUUGCGCUACGCAUGACCGAAUUAAUUGAUGUUGAAGACAAAAGGUGCAGAGACCACUUUUUCCAAGUUUUUGAAAUCUUGAUGAUUAGGCAGAUGCUGAUGUAAAUAAUUUCAUUGAUGUCUGAGCUGGGGAAAAUAUUUUGAUUGGACUCUUUUUCUUCCAAAGGAGUGUUAAUAAGUGAAUGUACUUGCACACCAUUAACAGAAAUCGAACCACAGUUGGACCAACAAUUUGAGAGACAGUUGUGAAGAGUGUACAGGCAUCUUUGGUGGAUUCAGGACGGCGCUCCUGCCUAUCGUUCCAGCAUCAUUCGUGAUAUAAUCUUUGGACAUUGCGUUGUUGCUCUCAACCAUGGCAUUGAAAGGCCACCAAGAGCGCCUGGCCGCACGCCCUGUGAUUAUUUCCUUUAGGGACAAUUAAAAGUAAGGUUUUUGCAACUCUUCCUCAAGAUUUUGAUGACUUGCAGGGCCGAUUUGAUAUGGGGUGGAUGCUUUGCACAAUGAUCCGGCAUUGCCAUUGGUAAGACGAGCUGUCCAAGAUAUCCUUCCACGCUUCUGGCUUUGUUUUCAAAGGAGAGGACAUGUUGAAGGUGUGGGUCAAUAAGACCAGUUCCAUGAUAAGACAUAAACUUUUCACUCAUCAUUUCAGAGAAAUACCUCAAGUAACACUUCAUUCCAAAAAUUACUUUGGAAAACAUAUUAUUCUAUUAAGUGCACAUUUUACCCACUUUACCAAAACUUGGAAAAAGUGGUCUCUGCACUUGUUGUCUUCAGCAGCAAUUGAUUUGGUCAUACGUGGCACAAAUGGUACAAAUAGGGUAUCAAUGGAAAGCUGAUGAGUUUUUCAUUUAUAUCCAUGCAGAAUGAUUUCACAAAAUUAAAUAUGAUCCGAAUAUCAGCCCUCUAGAUUUGGAUUACCUUUUUUCUGAAACGCACUGUAUAAUCAGCGCCAAUCCACUCAUCGUCCCUUGGUCAUGUUGGUGAGGAGGGAAGAUGAGUGGAUUGGCGCUGAGAGUGGGAGUCAUGCGCCCUCUAUGUUAGCUUUGAGAAAGAGAACUUCCAAACACCAAGGUCCAAUCUGGACUAUCCUAACAGCGGACUUGAAAACAAUAUAAUGCAAAACAUUUUACCAUUCCAAUCGAAUAAUCUUGCGGAUUUAGAGCACAGGCCCAUUUUGCAUUCAUGGUUUUCAUGACAUUAUCGCCACAAAGUGCUGUCCAAGGUUCUAUGAGUAGAGAGUUGCGAUGCACACGAAUCUCAGGGGAGAACGGUAAGUCGGCAAGUCCUCACUCAAAAAGUAGCUUCUUUUAUCCAAGGGAUAUUCAUAACUACAAGGUUUUAUUAAAGAGCUUGGUGCGGACGAAAACACCUCUUUUUAUUCGUCCAUUGCUGCUCUAAACAUUGAUCAAAUUUCAUAUUUUGGUAUCUUUACAAAGAACAAAAAUCAUUCUUUCAGGUCAUGUGUCUGGAUUUUUAAAAAACACUUUUGUAAUACAGGCGAAACUUAUUAUCUAUAACAUGAUACAAAAUAAUUGUUUUUAGCUGACAAAAGUUGUCAAAUAUAUUGCUGUACACACGCGUGACCAAAAAACGCGUUUAAAGUUUUUUUUUUUUCAGUUUUGGACGCGGUCCGCGCGUGGACUCGUUAAGGGUAUCAAAAACACCGAUUUUCAAGAAAAAGGGUGGUUUUUAAAGACUGGUCAAUGGUCAAUCGGGGAGUAAAUCGUACUUAGGGUAUGUUUUUUCCCCAAAGCUUUUUUAAAAGACUAGCCAAACGUGUUUAGGGUAUGUUUUUCCCCAAGAUUUUUCCCCGAGGUCAUAUUUUGGCGACAACUUGUUUAGGAGCCAAUAUGUGUAAAUAAAGCCCGCGAAAAACUUGUUUAGGGGGUUAUUUUGCACACAGAGAAAAACUCGUUUAGGGGGUGUUUGGAAAUUACUUGGUCACGCGUGUGUACAGCAAUAUAUUUGACUGCCCCCCCCCCCCCGGGCAUCUUUUCAGGCCUGAAAUUCUUCAACAUUUUUAUUCAAAAGGAAUAAUUAAUAUAAAAGGGUGACAUUUACUCUUUCAGAUGGUACAAAAAUAUUCAAUUUUACUUGAAGAUAAAGUGGUUAAAUUCUUUGAGAAUGAAAGUCUCACAAUUCACGAGGUUUCGCAAUGAGGUGAAUUCAGUUUAUUUUGCUCAAUAGCAUAUAUAGAGACCUGCAGUCUGACUGGGAAUGAUUGCCAGUUGUGUGCCUCUGUGUAGGCCUAUAAGGGACUGGCGUUCACCCCAUUUUGGUUCCCAUAUGAUUUGUUAUUAUUGUAGUAUAUAUGUUUCCAGCGCUGUUUCUUAAUGUUCUUCAUAUUUCUGUGACGAGAGGGUAACGGGUAUGUCGGCGGGUAUGUUCAAAAAGUGGACACUUAUUUUACUUUCCAUCGGUGUGUAUCUUCUUCAUGUUCUUUUUCUUUUCCGUUAUUGUUCCACUACAUGUUCUCCUCGCUUUCUGGUGAAGUAUAGGUCUGAACACAAUAUUUAUUUUUUCGUAGUUAUUAUAAUAAUGUGCAGUACUAUUUACAGUACAUUUUAAGUUCUGAUUAGUAGUAUCAUUGUUUCAAAUAUAUUGAUCUUAGUGGAGGCUGAUAUGCAUUUAUAUUCCAUGAAAUGGAAUGUAUGUGAUCAUGUUACCAGCUUUUUGAAAAAAAAGUCGUGGGUUUGAUCUCUUGCCGAUUCAUACCAAAGACUUAUAUCGGAACAUUCUUCCUGCUAGAGUGUGGAAUGAGUACGGAUAAUAAAAUUAUCUUAAAUUAUAGUUAUCAGAUUUUUUAAAUUGAUAUAUCGUGUUCAUGACUAGGAUGGCAUAACUUAAUCGAAAAAUUCAUAGUAUAUUUUGAGGUUGGAUUUAAUGGCUCGUAUUCUGAGGUCAGGUUUAACUUAGACCACAGUCUAACCCUGUGCUAAAAUUAUGGGGAGCAAAAAAAUCAAAAAUUAUGUUUAUAUUGUUUAUUUCUUAUGUUUACUAUUUUGUUUUCUUUUGAUUUCAUAAUGAAGAAAAAUACUUCGGUUAUCAUUCCCAGACAAUUGUGAACAAUUUGUGUGUCAUAUGAGUUAGUAGAUUUAAUGUAUACGGUUAUAGAUUUGUGCUCCAAUUGUCUCUCCAUAGUUAAACCACAACUUUAAACCAGGGUUUAAUUUAAACCCUAGUUCAGAAUACCGGCCACUGUGUUUUUCUAAUGUUUAUAUUAUAAUUGGUAUUAAAAAAUGAUGUACAUCAUGUUUUCCUGAUAGAAAGAACACAUCGUUGUAUAUAUAUGUAGUGUUCACACAGUGAAAUGUAGAAAUAUGUGACUCACACUGUUAAAAUGCUAAAAUUUAACCGUGUGAACACGAUUCCACAAUGUGAACACCUCUACAGUUUGAAUUUUCACAGUACGUUAUUAUAAGUGGACUGUAGAAAUGUGAUUCACAGCGUUAAGGUGAUCAAAUUUAACAGUGUGUCAACGCUGCAUUUCACACUGUGAACACACAGUGGGACAGGAUGUUCUUUUCAAAAGGGAUGGUGAUGUACAUAGUAUUGUGUGUAGGGAUGGGUGUGGGGUGCCUAUUGGUGUGUGUGUGUGUGUGUGUGUGCUUGUGUGUAUGAAAGCAUAAUAUGUUGUCAUCUUAUAAGCCUACACCGUAGAUGACAUAACUCAGCCUAUUUUCAACGUCAUUUGGAUUAUAACAAUAAUAUGUUUCACAUUUUUCUUAAUCUAUGAUUACUUAAUCACCAUACACAAUGCACAGAAGGAAAAAAAGAGUCAGUAAAAAAUAACUUACCAUAUAUUAACCUUGCGAGAAUAUAUAAUUAUGAUGUGUUUCACACACAUUUUGAUCAGGAUGAGUUAGUUUUGUAGGCGCAUGCUAUCACGUUGCAAUAAAACACCGUCUUCCGUUGUUUAGAAUGAAUGUAUAUUUGAAAUAAAUUAUAUCACCCUUUA